GCCUCGAGAGAAAAUGUGGGACUUGGCAACUGCGUGCCGUAUCAGGUGGUCGUGUUGUGACACUCAGCUGUUUCAGUCAGUAGUCAGCUGAUCGCUCCGUGGUACUUGUGCGCGGACCCUCCGCCUUCCAUACGGCUCGCUUUACCUCAAUGUUUUAAUAUUUAUUACAAAUAUAUAAGAACUAGUCAUAUACGAUACUGACUUCAAAUAACUUUAAAAAGAUACAGUUCCUGGACAGUGAAGUUUAGAAAUCUUGAUCCCUUCAGAGGAGCAAGAGCAGCAACACAGGAGCAGAGCGGUGUGACAGACAGCACAGGAGGCGGCGCUGUGGUGGCCACACAGUCUGGUGUUCUCUGGUGAGAGUGUUUGAUGACCCACCCAGACAUCCACCACCACCACUAUUCCCCCAGCUGUUAUUGCUACCGCCACAGAAUUUACUGACGGCGCGGACAACACUUGUACCUCAGUGGAAGACUUUUUCACCAUAACCGCCACUAUCAUCCAACUGCUGGGAGACAAGCAACAGGCUAUAAGCUCUCGCGCUUGUCCUACCUCACCGCCACCAUCCUGACAAGAAGAGCUCACCAUGGGGGUGCACAGGACAGCAGAAGAACCUGGCGGAGGCUUAGGGACACUGGAGGAGGAGGAAGAAGACGACGAGUAUGGUAUUGAUGGCGUGCUCCACCGCCGCCUCCAACACUACCCGCACCGUCACCAUUCCACCACCAGUAGCACCAACAGUGAUGUCCUUAAUAACAACCAGCUUGACAGCGCCAAAGUUAACCUGACAGGGAAGGAGCGAGUGGAUAUGACGCAUUUUGAACUGCUCAAAGUUUUAGGGACGGGUGCAUAUGGCAAAGUUUUCCUAGUAAGAAAAAACUCUGGUAAAGACACGGGAAAAUUGUAUGCCAUGAAAGUCUUGAAGAAGGCAACUAUUGUCCAAAAGAAAAAGACAACGGAGCACACAAAGACUGAGCGUCAGGUGUUGGAGGCUGUGAGACAAAGUCCUUUCCUAGUUACACUUCACUAUGCCUUCCAGACAGAUGCCAAGCUUCAUCUUAUUUUAGACUAUGUUAGUGGUGGAGAACUCUUUACACACCUGUAUCAGCGUGAAAGAUUUCGUGAGGAUGAGGUUCGUCUCUACAUCGGAGAAAUCAUCCUUGCCCUCGAGCAUUUGCACAAACUGGGCAUAAUAUAUCGUGAUAUAAAACUAGAGAACAUUCUCCUAGACUCAGAUGGGCAUAUCGUGCUAACAGAUUUUGGCCUUAGCAAGGAUUUUCUUUCGCAUGACACGGAACAUCGUGCAUACUCUUUUUGUGGUACUAUAGAGUAUAUGGCACCAGAAGUAGUUCGUGGAGGAUCUCAUGGGCAUGACCAGGCAGUAGACUGGUGGAGUGUGGGUGUAUUGACCUAUGAACUUCUGACGGGAGCAUCACCAUUCACCGUGGAAGGAGAGAAAAAUAAUCAGCAGGAGAUCUCGAGGCGUAUCCUGAAAACACAGCCACCACUCCCAAGUGAAUUGUCCCCUGAGGUUCGUGACUUCAUUUCUCGUCUACUAGUGAAGGAUCCUCGUCAACGGCUAGGAGGAGGCCCUCUUGAUGCUAAAGAAAUCAAAGAGCAUGCAUUUUUUAAGACUUUAAACUGGGAUGACCUCGCUCAAAAAAAAGUACCUGCACCAUUUGUACCCAGAAUAAGUGGCGAGUUGGAUGUCAGUAACUUCUCCGAAGAAUUCACAGCAAUGGUUCCUCAGGAUUCUCCAGCUAUUGUUCCUCCAGAUACUGACAGAAUAUUUAAUGGUUAUUCUUACGUGGCUCCAUCGAUUCUCUUCACUGAAAAUGUCAUUAGCGAUUCUCUCUACAAGAUGUCACCCGACAGAAGACCCUCCACAACUAACCUCAUGGCCUGUAGUUUCAAGGAUUCUGCAUUUUUCCAACACUAUGAAGUGGACCUACGAGAAGGCAUAAUAGGAGAAGGCAGUUUUAGUGUAUGUCGAGAAUGCAUCCAAAAGUCAACUGGGAGACAUUUUGCUGUCAAAAUUGUUUCUCGGAAGUUGGAUUGCCAACAAGAAAUUAACCUCCUCCGCGUAUGCCAAGGACAUUCCAACAUCGUUACCUUCCAUGAAGUUUUCUACGAUGAGGCACACACCUACAUAGUCAUGGAGCUCUUAGGAGGAGGAGAAUUACUUCAGCGGAUAAGAAAACAUGAACGGUUUACAGAGGCACAAGCAUCGGUGAUUAUGCGAAGCUUGGUAUCUGCUGUUCACUUUAUGCAUAGAAAAGGCAUUGUACACAGGGACCUGAAGCCUGAGAAUCUCCUGUUCAAAAAUUCCUCGGAAGAUUCGGAGAUUAAAAUAGUAGAUUUUGGGUUUGCUCGCUUGAUACCAGAUAAGGAUAAAGAUGGCAAUAUGAAAACUCCAUGCUUCACUCUCGACUAUGCGGCUCCUGAGGUCUUGCGACAGAUUCAACAAGGAGCUGCUGGAUAUGACAAGACCUGCGACUGGUGGAGCUUAGGUGUUAUUCUCUACACAAUGUUGUCAGGCAGAGCUCCUUUCCAGUCCAGAAGUAAAGACGACACCUCGGCAUCCAUCAUUGCCCGGAUUAAGGGUGGAAGUUUUGACAUGUCUGGGCCAGAGUGGCUCACUGUUUCAUCACAAGCCAAGAAACUUAUCAAAGGACUUUUAACGGUAGAUGCCUCAAGACGUCUAACUAUCACUGAAUUGCUCCAAGAUGAGUGGCUUCAGGGUGGGCCACCAUCGGUGUUCUCAGCCACUCCCCUCAUGACCCCUACAAUUCUUAGUGCCCGACCUACCCUAAAUGGCCCAGUCUCUGCUGAAGCUGGGGUCAAGCAAGCUUUUCAUGCAUUCCAUAUGGCUACUAGAGAAGGAUUUCGAUUACUGGACGUUAGUAAUGCUCGUCUUGCUCAACGUCGGAAAAACAAGAAGUCCUCCACUGAUGCCCGAAGCCAUUCUUCUACCUCAUCCCUCUCCUCUACCUCAUCGGCAUCUUCCCUUACUUCUGCUCGAACGCCAAGUAAAUCAGAUCGAUGCAGUUCUUCAUUAGGUGCUACUCCGAAGAAGGAAGAAAGUAUAUUUGACUUCGGAGAAGCAAGAGUCAAGGCAUACCUUUCAAGUAUAGAAUCCCCUUCUGAAAUGUCCUUCCCUGCCACACCAAGCCUAGUUCUUACAUUACCAAGUCCACGCUCCAAAGGCAGUUCAAAAGGCAGUUCUCUAGGUUCUUUUGACUUCUCUAGAGGUGACAGAUAUACUGAAACAUUGUCUAAAUCUGACACCUCAGAGAUGAAUUCACCAAACAGUUCCACAGUGUCCUGCAAGAAGCAGGAAGAGUGCCUUGCAUUUCAAGAACGGUGUGAUGUUAGUGGGAUGCAGACGGGUGUCUCAGAAACCAAAGGUGCUGAGAAUCCUCUCAAGUCCUCUCUCUGUACUUUAGUUGAUGAAUUUCCUGGACCACAAACUCGAUCAAGGAAACGAAGGCUAGAAAAAAUCUGUGAUGAAGUGACCGUAGUUAAACAUGUGUUCAAAGGUAGAAACACUCGUAGUAAGAGAUUUGAUACUAUAGUAAUAGAUUAAUGAGUGAGAGUUUUAAGGCAUUACAAGACAUUUCCAGAUUUUGACUAAGAAUAUUUUAUCUCCCUUAACUUAAAGCUCAGAGAAUGCUUUAUUAUAUACCUAAAUGUAUAUUAUAUAUCUGAUCUGAUAUGUACAUACAGAUUAUUAUUAUUAUAUUGACAGUUAUGCUCUUAAAUAUAUGUUAUAUAUGUACAGUACUCUCCAAAAGUAUGUGCUGCCCUGUGCAAGGCAGCAUGUACUUACGGGGAAAAAAGAAUGAUAAUCUUUUGUAUAAAAUAUGAGACCGAAGUAUGCACCGGUACGUGAUGUCAUGGUGUCCUUUAAUUCCCUGGAGGCUUAGUUGCCCCAGGUGAGUGGUUGUGUUGUUCAUCUUGCUCUGGCGCCUUAUAGUGUUUUAUUGUAGUUAACAGUAGUGUUGGUGGAAUUAUGUUGUUUUUAUGGCACCUACCACGGAACUAAGCAAAGACACCAUUGCACAGAUCAUUGGUUUAGAGGAAGCAGGCCACCAAAGUAAGGAAGCGAAUUGUUGGGUGUAGCCAAGUCAAUAUUAGGAAGUAUUGUGUGUUUCUGAGGAGGAAACAGUGGUGACAGGCCAUCACAGAAACAUCAGUCUGGUCGUCCCAGGAAAACAGGACGUCUUCCAGGAAACAUGAAGGGGUACUCGCCAAUGAACAAUUUAUAAUGUUCACAGACCUUGAAGACGUCUUCCUGGGAUGACCAGUCCCAUGUUUCUGCGAUGGCCUGUCACCACUGUUUCCUCCUCAAAAACACACAAUACUUCCUCAUAUUGACUAGGCUACACCCAACAAUUCACUUUCUUUGGUGGCCUGCUUCCUCUAAAGCAAUGAUCUGAGCAAUGGUGUCUUUGCUUAGUUCCGUGGUAGGUGCCAUAAAAACAAUAUAAUUCCACCAACACUACUGUUAACUGCAAUAAAACACUACAAGGCGCCAGAGCAAGAUGAACAACACAACCACUCGCCUGGGGCAACUAAGCCUCCAGGGAGCUAAAGGACACCAUGGCAUCAUGUACCGGUGCAUACUUCGGUCUCAUAUUUCAUACAAAAGAUUAUCAUUCUUUUUUUUUCCCAUAAGUACGUGCUGCCUCGUGCAGGGCGGCACAUACUUUUGGAGAGUACUGUAGGAUUUAAAAUGUCCAAGCAGAAAAAAGCAAAUAAAAAUGCACUUCAUAA